AUGCAGUGCUUUAUAGUUGUGAACGCGGGCUCAUCCUCGUUGAAGCUUGCAAUUUUGGAAGAAGAAAAGCAACUUGCCGGGUUUUCUGCGGAGCAUCUCAACUCGAAAGAAUCCAAAAUCACUGCUUUCGUUUCCCCGUCAUACAAAGACACAAAGUACAUAGCAAACUUGAACUAUGAGGAAUCUUUAAGGCAAAUUUUUGAAAUCAUCAAAGCAGAAAAAAAGGAAGUGUUAAGGAGAAUUACGGCCGUGGGUCAUAGAAUAGUUCACGGGGGAGAACACUUUACUCAAGCUGUGGUGGUCGAUAAAGCAGUCAUGGAAAAGAUUGAUGCCCUCUCCCAUCUAGCCCCGCUUCACAAUCCAAACAGCCUCACGGCUAUAAAGCAGUGCAGACGAGAGCUCCCGAACAUCCCAAACAUAGCCGUUUUUGACACUUCGUUUCAUCAUUCAUUGCCGGCGAAGUCUUCAACGUAUCCUCUUCCCAAGGCGUAUCGCGACGCAGGGAUUCGGAAAUAUGGCUUUCAUGGUACGUCCGUGGAAUUCGUCGCUGACAAAGCCGCGAAAAUUCUCCGCACGCGAAAGGAGAGUCAAUCCUACAACAUUAUUGUAUGCCAUCUCGGAAGUGGUGCGUCGGUGACGGCCGUAAGUGGCCAAAAGUCCGUAGAAACUUCUAUGGGGUUUUCGCCGCUGGCUGGGUUGAUGAUGAGUACGCGAUCUGGAAGCGUAGACCCUGCGAUUGUGUCUUACGCUGUGGAGAACUUGGGAAAGUCCGCAGACGAAGUCUUGCUUGACCUAAACAAAAAUAGCGGUCUUAAAGGAAUGAUGCAAGGGGCCGAAAGGUCUAUGGUACGCCUCCUCGAGAAGAAACGUGAAGGAGAUCAAGACGCUAUGUUGGCCGUUGAAAUGUUUGUCUAUCGACUAGCUCAGUAUAUAGCAGCUAGCGCGGUAGCUUUUCAAGGUUGUCUCGAUGCCCUCGUCUUCACUGCAGGAAUAGGAAGAAAUUCGGCCCACAUCAGACGUCGAUGUCUUGAACAACUCAAACCACUAAUUUCGAUUGAAAUCACGAACGACCUCAAUGCUGAAAACGGAAAGACUACAAAUGGUGUGCUGAGUCCCUUGGACGUAUGGCCGGUUUGCCUCGUCGUCGAAAGCAACGAAGAACUGGCGAUUGCAAAAAAGUGUGACCACGUGUUAUCAGAUUUAUAG